UCAUGAGGUGUUCCGUGUGUGGUGUGGCUUUUCUUUCUUUUCCUUUUCUUGUUUUUUUGGACUCUAAUAAAUGUUUGCACCACACGUGUUGAGAAAACUUUUUCCAAUGUUGAAAGGUCGAGCAAUGAUGUGAAGCUGAGGGGGUGUGUGUGUGCGUGCGUGCGUGCGGCAACAUCAUUAUGAGGCAACAUCUUGGAAAAUGUUGCUCUAGGUUUGUAUCUCUGCCUUUAGGGCAAUACAGAGAUAUUUGCUCUGCUUAGUAGCCUAAUUUCCGUCUGCACGAAAUUAGACCUUUUGAAUAAACCGUCUUCUCGGUGGGUGAAAUGUGGAGAAACAGAGACCCCUAGUGGCCAAACGCUGUUACAGCAUGUGACCAACACACAUGGCAGCGCGAAAGUGAAACUGAAUACUGUUCAAGUAACUGUUUAUAGCAACGGUGCGGAGUUUGCAGUUAGCUUGUGUUUGCUUGGCCUCAUGGUCUGCGUCCUGUAAUGGAGACCGACCGCCGGGAGGAAAGCUCCAGGAUCGUGGUCGUGUCCGGGGUGCCCGACCCGUUACCCGUCAGCAGGAUGGUCGACAAGCUAACUAUUCACUUCCUAAGCCGCAGGAGGAGUCGAGGAGGAGACGUCGAGGUGGUCACGUACCCCACCAACAUGGACGGAGUCGCUUUUGUCACUUUUGACAAAGCGGAAGAUGCAGAGAGGGUGGUGCGGAAGAAGCAGCAGCUCAUGAAGGACAACGAGUUUCCAGACGACUACCUCCUCACUGUGUUCCCCUUCACCAGAGAUAUGUUUUUGUACGUCCACAGCGCUACGGUCGACCUCUCCGUGUUCGGCAGAGAUCCGUCGACGCUGAUCCAGAGUCUGCGCUCGGCUCACAGGUCGCUGCAUUUCCGGCCUUCCCCGCAGCAGACGAAAGCCACCGUGGAGGGGCCCUUCUCCGCCAUCCAGGCCCUGAGGCAGGACCUCAUCCUCAGGGCCGGCCAGCAUAAAUCCGUCAAGGUCUCGGCUCGAGCUGCCGCCGUCAAACCGAGAGAAUCCCCUCUUAAUCCGAGGGUAAUGGCUCACCGCGAGGUUGUGGGCUCCGUAAAAAGCGGCGGUUCUGAAGCUAAGCCGGGACUCGGGGGGAGCUCACACGGCUUAUCGACGCAGGCCACAGGUGAGGCAGCCGAAGUCCAAAGCCCGCUCUUGAAUGGGAAAACUCGAACCGUCUCCCGGAGGCGAAAAGUUUCUCAUGAGAGUUUGGCCGCCGCCGGGAGCUUUUGCGACACACACGGCAACGGGGAAGAAGAGCCGAGGGAUCGGUCCAGGAGGGAAAUGCCCGCAGAAUAUAGGACAGAGCUGCUGAAUGCAGGGCUUACAUCUUCCUUAUCAGGCCUGGACCUGCACAGAGCAGAGGAAAUAUCAGCAACACAGCCAGCAGUAGACGGCACUUCAGAAAAACGCACCGGACCAGACAGGAUUUCAGCACCCGAGAUCAGGGGAGAGAAUACGACGAGCUCCUUCUACAGCAGAACCGACUAUCUGAAGGAUCCGGAUCAGAGCAGCUCAGCCUUGACCGCUAAGAUCCUCCGAACCAAAGAUGCCUCGAUGUCCUCCAAGAGCCAUGCGGAGGAUGCGGAAGAGCCGUCUGCUGAGGGGGACGCGUGCGUCUGGGUCGACUCGUACAUUUGCAGGUACAUCGAAAAGUUUGACAAGUGGGAGUUUGACAGAUGCUUGAGGGGCCUCGACGUGCGCGUCGUCCACGAAAGCGCCGACCUCACGCGGAUAUCGUGGACUGAGACGGGCUCAAGGACCUGGCAGGCAUCGGAGGACCUCAAUAGUUUGGUGGAGUAUUGGCUGCUGAUGUUAAGAGUUCAUCGGAUCGACUUGGACGGGCAGCUCGAGAGACACAAACUCAUUCAAAUCUGCGAUGAUGUGAAUGCGCUGUGCCAUAACGUUCUUUACUUGCUGGAGGACGCUUGCGUCAAAGUCAUCGGCACCUCGGUGUCAGGUCCCCGGUUCUGCAGGUGGGUGGAGGAUAGAGUCGCUCUACUCAAAGACCCUCUCAGGAUGGAAAGAAUGGGGCAUGAAUAAAUGUAGUAUUAUCAACGACCACAGGGUGGUGCAGUUGCGCUGCGUGUCACAAAAACCGGCUCCUGCAGUUUGUGUCUGAAAUUUACAUUCCUGUUAAACUCACGGUUAUUUUUUAAUUUUUGUAGUGAUAAUUACAACUGUAGAAUAUAAUAACAUUAAUUACAUGUGCGUCAAUUACUCGGACAACUCAGUUCAGUUCUCUUAUUAAAUAAAAUCGAAUGAUUUUCCUUUUCCCUUUGUCUCUAUGGUGAAGCUUCCCUUCUGUUUGUUGCUGGUUUAGUAAUCAGGUCUUUAAACAACCGGUGUUAAUCCACACGGUCUUAAGUCUUAAUUAACCUCCUCACACCUUAAUCACAAAAGAUAAUUAAAAGCAAAAAUUGACGGACGACAACCUGUCUCACAUAAUCACAUCUUCCUACUUUCUUGUCUACAGGUUAUUUAAUCAUUUAUUGGCAAUAAAUCAUUUUAUUUGAAGUGUUUUUAAUCUGAAAAGGAAAAUCCCCCUUUUGAGGCUUCAUGGUUUAGUAUGUUUUGAGUAAUCCCACCGUAGUUCUGCUGUGAUCAGUAUCAUGUACCAGCGUUGGACAGUAGGGGGCGGUGUGACACUUUCUCCCGCAUGCUGAACCGGUUAAAAAUAGAGACGCUGUAGCUGCCACAGUCCUGCUCAGUGAAGCUAUUAUGGAGGCCGGGGUUUGGCAAGCAGGGCGCAGAUUGGCAGGCGAAUGAUGUCAGCUGGACGUCCCAUUAUACACCCUAUCCCCUCCCCACACACACACACACACACCUUCUCCAAGGGAAAUACUGAUCCGUACAUGUGAUGUGUGAAGAUCCUCAGUGAAAUCGUCUCUCUCUGAGAUUAUUCAAAUGAGCUCGCUCCACAGCCUCGAUAAUUGAUUCAUUAUGUGGAAAUGAGCCACACAGCCGUAAUGAACGCACACAAACAGACAAUCACUCAUCUCCCUGACACACACACUCUCUGGGUUGUUACCAUAGGAACAUAGUGGAAGAGGUUGCUGAGCUGCAGCGCUGGGCGUCGUUAGGGGGAGGCUCUCGAACACAAUGGAAACAUCCAGGAGGA